UCGACCCGAAACCCUGCCGAAACCCACCGCGCUCCAUCUGUUCCGGCGGAAGAUGAGGUUUGCGGCGGCGAACACGCCGGGGCAUUGCCGGGCUGGGAGGUCUACCACGGCACUUCUGUUGCUGAUCCGGGCUUUCGGGUCAGUGCUGCCGUCCUCGGGGGCACCUGAACCAUCUCGGCCCCAGCCGCCGCAACAUGGAUCUGGGGCAAUCCCACUGGGGAUCGCGGGUCUGCAAGCCCGAGGGCUGCAUUUGGUGCGCACGUCCGCGCCAUGGGAUCAGAGCCCGCAUCAUCCAGUUCUUCUGAGCAGCCGAUACCUCCUCUUGGGCAGCCGGGUCUACAUCCUCCUGAUGACAACUCGUGUUUCUCUAAUGCUGCCUUAGUCAACCAUAAGCUGAAGACCAGAGACCCUCAUGAUUACCUCACCAAACACAGACCUGUGGAGAAGGUUGUGCUGUAUGGUGAUAAAACUGAAUCGUCAAUCGUGUCGGAUUCAUUUCGUCAUGCGCUGGGUACCGCAAUCGUGUCAAUCUUCAAGAGCAGAAAGGGAAAGUUUGCAUUUAGGCAUCCUUUGGACCUGAGAAGCUGGAGAGUGAAUGCCUUUGGCGGAUUUGAGGUGGCAAAUGGCACUCCAAUUAUUAAGAAGGCCUCGGAAUAUGACACAAUGCAUGAUUUUUAUGAGCUAGGUGUCUUUGCAGAGUUCUGCCUUCUGCACUUCGGGGGAGUUAUUCCUGAGCAGUUCAGCAAGUUGAUCGAGAAGCUGAAAAACCCCACGACAGAUAAAGGUUAUGCUAUUAUGGUAGAUCCAUGCCUCGUUCCAACUCAUCUUUGGUCUCUCGCUUUUCUGGAUGCCUUCCAUACCGUGAUGCAUUUGAUGUCUCAAGAAGAUAGGGAACUGAUACUGAAGAAAUUGGAUGUUCACUGCCAAGGUUGGAAAGCCGAUAUGCUCCUAAAUCAACUUUCAAAGUGCUAUGUUAUGUUUAUUGGCCCUGACGAAACCCUUAAAACACGCGGCGAAGAUAGCUCGAGAGCUUUCCUUGAGUGCAUUAGACAUGCCCUUGCACAUCCGUUGGAUUAUAUUGGCAGGUUGGAGAGGCUUGGAUUCGAAAUUCACAGCAAGCAGGAUCUGUACAAAGUUCUGAGGGAGAAAGGUGGUGACAGGCUGCUUUCUCUUCUGUUUGACCUUCUACCAGUAAAAUAUGUGAAGAAAUUAGCGCUGGAAUGGUAUCUGUGCCGGGAACACUCCUCCUGUUGUCCAUAUCCCACAAACUGUAUAAGGCGUGUUUUGAGGAAACAUGACCUUUGUCGUCUUGAUCCAGCCACCGUCAACAGAUUGACUUGGUUGAAGAUGGGAAAUAAGAUGAAUGAACAGCUCUUCGUUCCAAGUGGAGUCCUCAAUACCUGGAAAGUCUUAUAUUCAGAAAAUGGGCCAGCACUUAAGGAGUUUUGGGAUAUGUGUGACACAAUUAAAAGGCACUCAGUAUGGACAUGUGAAGGAAAUGAUGACAUUGGUAAUUGCCAUGCCCAUGAGAUGGUCAACAAGACCUGUGGUCUGAUGAUGCACAUGUACCCUUGUCGCAGUUAUUCAUUUGGUCGAAUGAUUGUCAUGGGUCCCAAAACAGGGCCGUACAAAGUCAAGGGGGUCUGGGUGUUUCCAGGGGCUGAAGUCCCACGCUUCUUGAUGAAUAUACACGGCAUGGAUUUCUACAGUUGGACCAAGGUGGACAUUUCCAUUGAGAGACAAAAAACAAUGGUCGAUGACAGCCUGAGUGCAACAGUUGUGCAUCAAAAAUCAGAGGACAGUGGCCAUGAGGAGGUGGUUUCAGCAAUUUGCUUUUGAGCCCUUGAUAAGUGAAAUGUAAAUACUUAUGCUGCAAUCCUUCAGUAAGUCUUUGGCGUAUGGCUGAGGUUGACCUGAACAUCUCCAGUGUCUUGUGUGCCGAAUGCCAUCUGGGAAUGAAUGUCUGAGCUGGGUACAUCUGAAUGCCCCCCUUUGAGGUCAAGAUGUUUCUUCAUGAAAAAUCUUCUUCCUACAACCUGAAUGUCUAAUUUUCAGCCAGGACCUUAUCUGAGUACUCAGUUACCAUGGGUUUUUGACCUGAUGAAUGUUUAAUUUUGCUGCCCCCUAACUGAAUGUUCAGUUUUGCUGCUGUAUAUAAUCAUCAAGGCAUUCUGUAGUGCAAUUUAUCUUGUCCCAAUGGUAUGAAUGG